AAAAUUAUUAAAAAAAAGUUUUUUAAGAAAAGAGAAAAGCUGCCCAAAAACCAAGGGGGGAGAAGAAUGACAACUCCCCUAAAGCUUUUGCUGCCAGUGAAUACGACCUUCUGUUCUUCAGAUUUCCCUCCAAAAGCUUCAAAAAUCUUCUCCGACAACCCUAAUUUCUCAUCCGCAAACUUUGAGCCCUUCAAGUUUUCUCCCAUUUCUUCCUCUUCUUCGUUCACUAGAUGGGUCGGAGUGAAGAUAUACCCGCAAAACUCCAGAACCUCGAAUAUGUGGUUUUGUGGGUAUUCAAGAGAAGAUCAAGAUAUGGGUAGCUGGAGGAGUGAAGGGGAAAACAUGGUAAACAUGUUUGAGUCUGAUGAAGAGACAGCUACGCAAGUUCCUACCCAAGUUCAAUCUCUUGUUGAAGGCUCAGGUUCAUUGCUUAUGUCAGAGAUCAAGCCUACUACUGAUGUUGACUAUCUUCAGGAGCUACUGGCCAUUCAACAACAGGGGCCAAGAGCAAUUGGCUUCUUUGGGACGCGGAAUAUGGGUUUUAUGCACCAAGAACUUAUUGAGAUCCUCAGUUAUGCAAUGGUUAUAACUAAAAAUCAUAUUUAUACAUCAGGAGCGUCUGGGACAAAUGCAGCUGUCAUUAGAGGUGCCUUAAGAGCUGAGAAACCAGAACUACUUACUGUAAUAUUGCCUCAAAGUCUGAAAAUGCAACCUCCAGAAAGUCAGGAAUUAUUGUCUAAGGUUAAAUAUGUCAUAGAGAAACCUUACAAUGAUCAUUUGCCUUUAAUAGAAUCCAGCAGGCUAUGUAACAUGGACAUCAUCUCGCAUGUACAGCAGGUCAUUUGCUUUGCCUUCCAUGACAGUAAGUUGCUCAUGGAAACUUGUCAAGAAGCGAAGAACCUCCGAAAGAUUGUGACUCUCUUCUACUUGGAUUGAGUUGGAGAAACAGACCAGCUUCUUUUUGUUUAUACAUUGGGUAGGUGUA